ACAUUGUCCCACCGGAAACAGAAUCGGGCAAAAGCGGAAGUGCUGAUUAUUGCUACCUCUGUUCUGGAACGACUGUUCGUAGACAAAUUUGGUGUCCAAGACACACUUUGUCCUCGAAGUAAUGAAGAACAUGGACAGAUAGUGUUUAUUUAAAAGAAAAAGGUUGUGGUUCCUUGAAAAAACGCUGUUUUGUGCCCAAAUUGGACUGCCACUCAGGACUCUGGAGACUUCUACCCGGGCCACCAGAGGCUUGAAAUCUACAGACCUGCUGUGCACUUCCUCUUUGACCUUGAUUACUGAGAAUGGCGAACAGCUCCCCGAUAAUAGUGAAGAGCCUGCCUGCGGGUCCUGCUGGUAGAAGCAGUCCAGAAGGAUCUCAGGUCCUCUCUAAGAAAAAGCUGCAGGACCUGGUGAGAGAAAUCGACCCAAAUGAGCAACUGGAUGAAGAUGUUGAAGAGAUGCUUCUUCAAAUCGCAGAUGACUUCAUAGAAAGCGUCGUGACGGCAGCCUGUCAGCUGGCACGCCAUCGCAAAUCAAACACAUUGGAGGUUAAAGACGUUCAGUUACAUCUAGAGCGUCAGUGGAACAUGUGGAUCCCUGGGUACGGCUCAGAUGAAAUUCGACCAUAUAAGAAGGCUUGCACCACAGAAGCUCACAAACAGAGAAUGGCACUGAUCCGCAAGACGACCAAAAAAUAAAAGGGCGAGCCCUUAGGUUGUACCCAAUUUGUAUAUUUUUAAAUUUUUCGUUUAUGCAAUUGUUUUCAUUUCCACUUGAGUUUGUCAUUUUAUUUUAUUGCCGGUUGAAAGGGUUUUGUUGAGGUCGUGUUUCUUUGACAUUGAAUAAUGCUCAACUGUAACGUCUCCCUGAGUUCGAGUGUUUUGGAGUCAUUGCACAAUGUUAGUACUUUGUGUUUUUGCUUUGUUUCCCACUAAACUGAGACUGGUAGAAUUUCAUUGUCAGUUUUGUCAAUAAACACUUGCUGGAUGAAUUCUUAUGAA